GCGAUCCACAUUGCAAUUGUGAUACUGACAAGAUAUAAGGUGUACCGCUAUGUACGCGGCUCCCUUUUGGGCUUUUUUAUUGUUGACUGUGACCCUGGUGAAGUCUGAAGGAAAUAUAGGAUGCUUCUUUGCAAAUGGACUUUGCAUGGAAGAACUAGAAUGGUGUUACGAUGAUUUAGCAUUCGGGCGUUGCUUACCUAAAUUUGGACCAAUUGAUGAAGAUCAGCUUUACAGUUCUCCUUUGACUGAAGUGGAAAUAGCUGAGUUAUUUAAACGAAUUGCUACACUUCAACGUCGAGGAUAUGGAUGGGCAGACGGCUAUACCCAGUGCCAUCUACAAGCGGUCUUAUGGCAGCUAAGACGCGGCUCACCGACAACACCGCGCGCCUGCCGCCAAUUACGUGUCGAACAGGAGGAUACAGGCUACCCAACGAGUUCAGGAGACCAUGAUUCUGAUCAGGAGCAACUGGCUUACGUAAGCUUCACACCUAGCAAUGGUGUCCCCAGCGGAGAGUAUGCAGAUGAAGUUUAUUUCCCAUCUGGCAAAAGCGAAGAAGGAGAUCGUGACAAGAAAAACAUUAGGAAUGCAUUUGAUCUUCUUACAUCUGAGAAUACCUUAUUUGGAUUUUCUCGAUAUCUGCCAAAUGGCGAGAAUAGUUUUGGGUUGGAUGAUCCUAACGCAUUUCCUCCGGAACUUUCUAAAUAUGUUAAACACAAACUACCUGCAAUGGAAAGAAAAUACAGUAAAAACUAUGAAAAUUUAUUCAAGCAAAAUAUGCAGUAUAACACACCUGAGAGUUUCCGCAUGGGUAUUGAGAUGAAAGAUCGAAAAUCAUUAGAUAUGCAACCUUACAUGAACGAUGAUCGUAGUUCGGCUAGUGAAGAACAACUUAGUGACAUGGAUGAAAAUCAAGAAUUUUUCAUUAACGAUGAAUAUGAUAAGGGUUCACAGCAAAAGACCGCUGGUGUGUACACCGAAGGUGGCUUGGUGUACGUUCCUGACAGAAAGGACGGAAAUUCAGAUUCCGAGAAGUCCGAUAUAUUGGGAAUAUUGGGAAGAAAUGCAUUAUCCGGCUUUAAGCGUCGAGAACGUCUCGAUGUUAAGAAACCAGGCCCAUUACCGGAACCUAUGGAACAUGGUGAGAAACCCAGCGACUCUUAUAAAACUAUGUCCCUGGUGGCCAUGGAGACUGCGGUCCCUGUGCAGAAGAAAGAAGUUACCAAAUACCAUGCACCUCAUUCUGUCGAUACAUCUUAUGCCUACGUCACAGUGAAAGAUAGCAUAAAAGCGUGGCGUGUAGGAGCAAGGCUUGUGCAAAUGUUGACUGAACUCUUGGAAUUACCGCAAGGGAGUUUAUCACAUCCACGGGUCGAUAGUCAUGAGGUGUCAUUCCUAGUAGAAGAAGAAAAGGCCGGGAUGAAUGCGAGUGCGAUUGCGGAGAAAAUUAUGAGUGCUAAUAUGAUAAAUACUUUAAAAAAUCAAUAUGGAAUCAUAAUAACCGGAUCUGGAGUCGGCGAUAAAGCUAAAUUAUCAUUAAAACCUGAAAAAACAAUACUGGCUGACACCAACGCACUCAAUGGCCAUUUGGCUGGUUUUCUUUUGGGAGGCAUAGGAGGCGCAAUAUUAGUUGCUAUUGGAGCAAUGAUUCUCAUAAGGAAACAUUCCAGAGAAAAAAAUAAACUGGGUUCACUAGAAGGUCCAGAAUGUGGUAGCAGCAAAGACUAUCAGGAUUUAUGCAGAGCUCACAUGGCAACAAAAAAUCCUGGUAUUGUAGAAUCCAUAAUACCUCAACCUCAACCUUUAAGUGUAUCAACAAGAAUUGCGUCUUUAUCCAAAGAAUCUGAUCAGAACAGUCCAUCAUCGAGAUCUAGUACUUCUUCGUGGAGUGAAGAACCAGCCAUGACUAACAUGGACAUAUCUACUGGCCACAUGGUGUUAUCCUAUAUGGAAGAUCACUUGCGUAAUAAGGAUCGCCUGGACCGGGAAUGGGGUGCGCUGUGUCGGUACGAGGCAGAACCUGGUGUACGUUUCGCUGCCUCUGCCGAGACCAGCCUGCCACUGAAUCGUCAAGGCGCCCCCCUGCCCUAUGACCAUUCACGAGUUGUUCUCAACCAUUUGAGUAAUGCAGCCGGCCUUGAUUACAUUAACGCUUCGACCAUUUCCGACCAUGACCCGCGGGCUCCUUUGUACGUUGUUGCUCAGGGUCCGCUGAAGGAAACAGCUGCUCACUUUUGGCAGAUGGUGUGGGAGCAGGGAGCUGUAGUAAUGGUGAUGCUGUGUCCGUUGGCAGAGGAUGGAGUCGAAAUGUGUUACCAGUAUUGGCCAGGGGAAGAAUCUGAAAUUUACCAUAUAUAUGAGGUGCAUUUGGUGAGCGAACACAUUUGGUGUGAAGACUACUUGGUGCGAAGUUUCUAUUUGAAAAAUUUCCGCACUGGCGAAACAAGAACUGUUACCCAAUUUCAUUUCUUGUCGUGGCCCCAGAAUGGAGUGCCUGCUUCAGCCAAAACUUUGCUCGAAUUCAGAAGAAAGGUAAACAAGUCAUACCGUGGUCGUUCUUGCCCGAUAGUGGUGCACUGCUCGGAUGGGGCUGGUCGAUCUGGUACCUACGUGCUGCUCGACAUGGUGUUAGCAAGGAUGGCCAAGGGCGCCCGUGAGAUCGACAUAGCUGCGACACUGGAACACAUUAGGGAUCAGAGGGCCGAAAUGGUCGCUACAAGGGCUCAAUUUGAAUUCGUACUCACGGCUGUCGCUGAAGAGGUCCAUGCUAUUUUGAAAGCGCUCCCGGCCAACCUUCCAGAUAAAAAAGAUAAGGAAAAAGAAAAGGAAAAGGAAAAGGAAAAGGACAAGGAAAAGGAUCAAACCAACAAAGGAAAUUCAGUUGCAACCAACAAAGUGAAAGAGGAAAAGUAGACAUGCAAUUGAGAAAAUCUACAAGUGAAUGUUCAUCCUAACAUGCGGUAAAGAGUUCAAUAUUUUUUCAUUUUAUUUUGUUAUUUAAACAUUCCAGUAAAAGCAU